AUGAACUACAUAACUUCUCUGGAAACCUCACACAUCAGCAUCGCAGCUGCUGGUGUGGUAAUUGCGCUCCUCAUUGUCAACAUGGGACUCUUCGGAAAGAACCAGCUGCCUGUUGAGGGCAAAACUGUCCUCAUCACGGGAGGCUCUGAAGGUAUGGGCCUGAGCGUGGCACGCCAACUAGCAGCCAAAGGGGCAAACGUCAUAAUUAUUGCACGCAGCCAGCAGAAGCUGGAUGCUGCCCUGGCUGAGAUCAAGACCGCCGCCAAAUCUCAAUCCCAACGCUUCCAUGCUAUCUCUGCGGAUGUGUCUGAGCCAGGCUAUGCUGUUGGCAUCGUCUCCCAGGCUACGGCCUGGAACAAUGGCCAGUCCCCGGACAUCGUGUGGUGCGUCGCGGGCAUGUCAACACCCAUGCUCUUCCACGAGGAGGGCGCCAUGACCGAAAUGCGCCGCGAGAUGGGCGUCAACUUCUGGGGCGCGAGCGACAUGGCCCACGCCAUCCUCAGGGAGUGGUGGUCCCCCAACCACAAGUACCCCAACGAGCCCAGGCACCUCAUCUUCACGGCUUCAGUGCUGGCGCUGUACGCUCUUGUGGGCUACUCGCCUUACAACCCAACAAAGUGGGCGUUGAGGGGACUGGCCGACACCCUGACCCAGGAGGCAAUGCUGUACCCAGACCAGCCUGUCAAGAUCCACGUGGUGUUUCCGGGCACGAUCCUGAGCCCCGGGUUCGAGAGGGAGCAGAGGUCGAAGCCUGACAUCACGCUGGAGCUCGAGAAGGACGACCCGAAACUGACGCCGGACCAGGUCGCCGAGAGGGCGAUCGCGGGUCUGGAGGCUGGAAAGCACUUCAUCACCGUCGGCAUACUGGGCGAGCUGUUGCGCUGGGGAGUCAUGGGAGGGGCGCUGCGGAACAACUGGCUGGUCGACACGCUCAUGGCCUGGUUCAUGGCGCCUGUGUGGUUCAUCGUGCACCUGGUGAUGCACGGCCAGAUCAAGGGCUUUGCGAAGAAGCAUGGGCAUCCGAGUACAUAUGCUAAGAAACUCUAG